GAGUGGAGAUGGCGGCAGCGGCAGCUCAGGGGGGCGGGGGCGGGGAGCCCGGAGGAGCAGAUGGGGUCGGCCCGGGGGGCCCGGGGGAAGUGGAGAUAGUGAAGGGGCAGCCGUUCGACGUGGGCCCGCGCUACACGCAGCUGCAGUACAUCGGCGAGGGCGCGUAUGGCAUGGUCAGCUCAGCCUAUGACCACAUAUGCAAGACUCGCGUGGCCAUCAAGAAAAUCAGCCCCUUCGAGCAUCAGACCUACUGCCAGCGCACACUGCGGGAAAUCCAGAUCUUGCUGCGUUUCCGCCACGAGAAUGUCAUCGGCAUCCGAGACAUUCUUCGGGCACCUACCCUGGAAGCCAUGAGGGAUGUCUACAUUGUGCAGGACCUGAUGGAGACAGACCUGUACAAGUUGCUCAAAAGCCAGCAGCUGAGCAACGACCACGUCUGCUACUUCCUCUACCAGAUCCUGCGGGGCCUCAAGUAUAUCCACUCAGCCAACGUGCUCCACCGGGAUUUAAAGCCCUCCAACCUGCUCAUCAAUACCACCUGCGACCUUAAGAUCUGUGAUUUUGGCCUGGCCCGGAUCGCUGAUCCUGAACAUGACCACACUGGCUUCCUGACAGAAUACGUGGCCACACGCUGGUACCGGGCCCCAGAGAUCAUGCUUAACUCCAAGGGCUAUACCAAGUCCAUCGACAUCUGGUCUGUGGGCUGCAUUCUGGCUGAGAUGCUCUCCAACCGGCCCAUCUUCCCUGGCAAGCACUACCUGGACCAGCUCAACCACAUUCUGGGUAUCCUGGGCUCCCCGUCCCAGGAGGACCUGAAUUGUAUCAUCAACAUGAAGGCCCGAAACUACCUACAGUCCCUGCCUUCCAAGACCAAGGUGGCCUGGGCCAAGCUUUUUCCCAAAUCAGACUCCAAAGCCCUUGACCUGCUGGACCGGAUGUUGACCUUUAACCCCAAUAAGCGGAUCACAGUGGAAGAAGCCUUGGCUCACCCCUACCUGGAGCAGUACUACGACCCAACAGAUGAGCCGGUGGCUGAGGAACCUUUCACCUUUGACAUGGAGCUGGAUGAUCUACCCAAGGAGCGGCUGAAGGAGCUCAUAUUCCAGGAGACAGCCCGCUUCCAGCCUGGGGUGCUGGAGGCCACCUAACCUGAACAGAUGCCUCUGCUCCCUGGGGCCUAGUGAGUGCUCCCCACCGCCCACACACAAAUUCACCCUGAGACCAGGGUACCCAGUGCACCAUACAGUCAGAAGCUUGCUCGUGCUCAUGAUCCCUGUCUUUGGUGGCAACAGAAGGACCAGAGCCUGCUCAAGCCACAGAUCUGUGGUCUACCAGUCUUCAUGUCCCUCCACCUUUCCUGCAGCCCCAAAUGUCUCCCACCUGUCAACACCCUGCAUUCUCCAGCCCCAGUACCCAUUCUGGGUCCUCAGAGGUCACGGAGGGCCCCUCUCCCCCAUCCGAGGAAUGGAGCCAGCUUUUGCCUCUUUCUGUGGGCAGAGAGGCAGGUGGGGCAGUAAUUGCUUUGGGAGGAGCUAGCAGCACUCAGUCUGACCCAGAUGCCAAGCUUUCUCACACCUGCUCCCCAAGUCAGCAGUUCACACACCUUUGGAGGACUCUCCAAGGCCUGGCCAGACCCACAGAGCAAGGGAAGACCCUGCUCUUCCUCCCUUCUCCAGGCUUCUUUCUGACUUCCUGCCAGCUGUAGACUGAUAGAAGGAAGGCAGACACACCUGUAAGAGCUGCAUGGUAUUGUGCAAGACACCUCACCUCUGCACCUCGGUUUCCUGGGGCCAGUCCUGAUAAUGAGAGCAAACACGCAGCACUAAGUAUAGUUCUAAGAGGUUUAUGUUGCAUGAACUCGUUUAAUCCUGUGGCAGCGCCAUGAGAUGGGGGCUAAUGUUAUCCCCACGUACAGAUAAGGACACCAAGACACAUCCCGCUCAACUGUGAGGAUAAAAUGAGAGAAGUUGAGGCCAGGGCUCUGGCAGGUGCUCUCAUGCGUGCUAAUGGUCCCUCUCCUGCCUGCCUUUUUGUUUAGGCCCAGCCUCCUGCCUGCCCUCCCCUGCUGGACUGUUAGAGAACGGAUACCGCCCAGCCCAGACCCGGCAGCCCAGCUCGGGCCAGAGGGUGGGCCUGGUCACCUUCCCUCCCUUUGCUCUAGCCUCCUGCUUUAAGGCAGGCCAAGGCUCCCUCUGUCCUACCCGCCGCCCCAGGACCUGCAGGGCACAGGUGACCCCAAAGCAAAUCCCCCUAAACUGCUCUGCCUUCCUCUACCCCAGCUCUCCUAGUCUCUGAUAGUUUUGGAAUCAAAGGGCUCUGGCUGCCCUGUGACCUACUGAGGGGCAGUGGCGGAUAGGGGUCACUGAGUAGGGACCCAGGGCAUCCCUGCCACACUGGCCUCAUUAAAACCUCACCCAUUUUCCCUGAAGGAACAUUCCUAAGGCUCAAGGGCUAGUAUACCUGAGGAGCAGGGCCCUGCCUAAACUCCCUCCCCUAAGCUGCCACAUGUAAUGCACCUGCUGCUUCUGUGUGGGGGUGAACAGAAGGGGUGGGGGCACGUGGGGAGCCCGGUGCCCCUGCCCACCCCUGUGCCUGUGUCUAAUAUAUAAAUACAGAGAUGUGUACAUGA